AACAAGAACCAGAACUCCAGAGAGGGAAGACAUCUAUCUUGCUGUGUUUGGACAGGCCCAGCCCCUGAAACAUCUUGGGCAAUGGAGGGUUAACUUCUCAAAGUUUAAUAGGCAAGACCAGCAACCAUGCAACAAGGACUUCAACUAACCAACUAAAGAACUGUUCCCCAGAGCAUUGUUCCUGAGGAGGAAAAGAGCCCAAACACCCACCCACACCUGCUUUGUGCCAAGAAUCCACAGUUGGAUUGCAAGGACAGUGUAUGUUGUCCUUUUGGAAAAAAUGAGAGUGAGCCCAAAUGAAGAGCAAGCAAAGGUGUCUCAAGUCAUCCCAAGGCAAGUGGGGGGUAGCCUGGGCUGUGACGACCUGACUCCUGCAUGAGACUCUCUCUCUGGCUUUUCGCCUUAAGCAGCUUCCUGUUCUUCUCUGUAAAACAAAAUGAAUGAGCCGGGCGCAGUGGCUCAUGCCUAUAGUCCCAGCACUUUGGGAGGCCGAGGUGUUCAAGACCCAGCUGCUGAGAGUAGAAAAGAAGAAGAAAGGACCCGAGGUCAGCAAGUGCUCUCCCCACAAUGGGGCAGAUCUGCCAGCGAGAAUCGGCUACAGCAGCUGAAAAACCAAAACUUCAUCUACUUGCUGAAAGUGAGAUUGACAAGUAUCUCUAUGCCAUGCGGCUCUCUGAUGAAACUCUCAUAGAUAUCAUGACUCGCUUCAGGAAGGAGAUGAAGAAUGGCCUCUCCCGGGAUUUUAAUCCAACAGCCACAGUCAAGAUGUUGCCAACAUUCGUAAGGUCCAUUCCUGAUGGCUCUGAAAAGGGAGAUUUCAUUGCCCUGGAUCUUGGUGGGUCUUCCUUUCGAAUUCUGCGGGUGCAAGUGAAUCAUGAGAAAAACCAGAAUGUUCACAUGGAGUCCGAGGUUUAUGACACCCCAGAGAACAUCGUGCACGGCAGUGGAAGCCAGCUUUUUGAUCAUGUUGCUGAGUGCCUGGGAGAUUUCAUGGAGAAAAGGAAGAUCAAGGACAAGAAGUUACCUGUGGGAUUCACGUUUUCUUUUCCUUGUCAGCAAUCCAAAAUAGACGAGGCCGUCUUGAUCACCUGGACAAAGCGAUUUAAAGCGAGCGGAGUGGAAGGAGCAGAUGUGGUCAAGCUGCUUAACAAAGCCAUCAAAAAGCGAGGGGACUAUGAUGCCAACAUCGUAGCUGUGGUGAAUGACACAGUGGGCACCAUGAUGACCUGUGGCUAUGACGACCAGCAUUGUGAAGUCGGCCUGAUCAUCGGCACUGGCACCAAUGCUUGCUACAUGGAGGAACUGAGGCACAUUGAUCUGGUGGAAGGAGACGAGGGGAGGAUGUGUAUCAACACGGAAUGGGGAGCCUUUGGAGACGAUGGAUCAUUAGAAGACAUCCGGACAGAGUUUGACAGGGAGAUAGACCGGGGAUCCCUCAACCCUGGAAAACAGCUGUUUGAGAAGAUGGUCAGUGGCAUGUACUUGGGAGAGCUGGUUCGACUGAUCCUAGUCAAGAUGGCCAAGGAGGGCCUCUUAUUUGAAGGGCGGAUCACCCCGGAGCUGCUCACCAGAGGGAAGUUUAACACUAGUGAUGUGUCAGCCAUCGAAAAGAAUAAGGAAGGCCUCCACAAUGCCAAAGAAAUCCUGACCCGCCUGGGAGUGGAGCCGUCCGAUGAUGACUGUGUCUCGGUCCAGCACGUUUGCACCAUUGUCUCAUUUCGCUCAGCCAACCUGGUGGCUGCCACGCUGGGCGCCAUCUUGAACCGCCUGCGUGAUAACAAGGGCACACCCAGGCUGCGGACCACGGUUGGUGUCGACGGAUCUCUUUACAAGACGCACCCACAGUAUUCCCGGCGUUUCCACAAGACUCUGAGGCGCUUGGUGCCGGACUCCGAUGUGCGCUUCCUCCUCUCGGAGAGUGGCAGCGGCAAGGGGGCUGCCAUGGUGACGGCGGUGGCCUACCGCUUGGCCGAGCAGCACCGGCAGAUAGAGGAGACCCUGGCUCAUUUCCACCUCACCAAGGACAUGCUGCUGGAGGUGAAGAAGAGGAUGCGGGCCGAGAUGGAGCUGGGGCUGAGGAAACAGACGCACAACAAUGCCGCGGUUAAGAUGCUGCCCUCCUUCGUCCGGAGAACUCCCGACGGGACCGAAAAUGGUGACUUCUUGGCCCUGGAUCUUGGAGGAACCAAUUUCCGUGUGCUGCUGGUGAAAAUCCGUAGUGGGAAAAAGAGAACGGUGGAAAUGCACAACAAGAUCUACGCCAUUCCUAUUGAAAUCAUGCAGGGCACUGGGGAAGAGCUGUUUGAUCACAUUGUCUCCUGCAUCUCUGACUUCCUGGACUACAUGGGGAUCAAAGGCCCCAGGAUGCCUCUGGGCUUCACGUUCUCAUUUCCCUGCAAGCAGACGAGUCUGGACGCGGGAAUCUUGAUCACGUGGACAAAGGGUUUUAAGGCAACAGACUGCGUGGGCAAUGAUGUAGCCACCUUACUAAGGGAUGCGAUAAAAAGGAGAGAGGAAUUUGACCUGGACGUGGUGGCUGUGGUCAACGACACAGUGGGCACUAUGAUGACCUGUGCUUAUGAGGAGCCCACCUGUGAGGUCGGACUCAUUGUUGGGACCGGCAGCAAUGCCUGCUACAUGGAGGAAAUGAAGAACGUGGAGAUGGUGGAGGGGGACCAGGGGCAGAUGUGCAUCAACAUGGAGUGGGGGGCCUUUGGGGACAACGGGUGUCUGGAUGAUAUCAGGACACACUACGACAGACUGGUGGACGAAUAUUCCCUAAAUGCCGGGAAACAAAGGUAUGAGAAGAUGAUCAGUGGUAUGUACCUGGGUGAAAUCGUCCGCAACAUCUUAAUCGACUUCACCAAGAAGGGAUUUCUCUUCCGAGGGCAGAUCUCUGAGCCGCUGAAGACCCGGGGCAUCUUUGAGACCAAGUUUCUCUCUCAGAUCGAGAGUGACCGAUUAGCACUGCUCCAGGUCCGGGCUAUCCUCCAGCAGCUGGGUCUGAAUAGCACCUGUGAUGACAGUAUCCUCGUCAAGACAGUGUGCGGGGUGGUGUCCAGGAGGGCUGCGCAGCUGUGUGGCGCAGGCAUGGCUGCAGUGGUGGAUAAGAUCCGCGAGAACAGAGGACUGGACCGUCUGAAUGUGACUGUGGGAGUGGACGGGACGCUCUACAAGCUUCAUCCGCACUUCUCCAGAAUCAUGCACCAGACGGUGAAGGAACUGUCACCAAAAUGUAACGUGUCCUUCCUCCUGUCUGAGGAUGGCAGCGGCAAGGGGGCCGCCCUCAUCACGGCCGUGGGUGUGCGGUUACGCACAGAGGCAAGCAGCUAAGAGUCCGGGAUCCCCAGCCUACUGCCCCUCCAGCACUUCUCUCUUCGAGCGGCAACCCCCUACCCUCCCAGCGAGUUGUGCUGGGAGACGCCGGCGCCGGGGCCCGCCGGCGCGGGGAGGAAAGCAAAAUCCAACUAAUGGUAUAUAUUGUAGGGUACAGAAUAGAGCGUGUGCUGUUGAUAAUAUCUCUCACCCGGAUCCCUCCUCACUUGCCCUGCCACUCUGCAUGGUUUGAUUUCGACCUGGUCCCCCACGUGUGAAGUGUAGUGGCAUCCAUUUCUAAUGUAUGCAUUCAUCCAACAGAGUUAUUUAUUGGCUGGAGAUGGAAAGUCACACCACCUGACAGGCCUUCCGGGCCUCCAAAGCCCAUCCUUGGGGUUCCCCCUCCCCGUGUGAAAUGUAUUAUCACCAGCAGACACUGCCGGGCCUCCCUCCCGGGGGCACUGCCUGAAGGCGAGUGUGGGCAUAGCAUUAGCUGCUUCCUCCCCUCCUGGCACCCGCUGUGGCCUGGCAUCGCAUCGUGGUGUGUCAAUGCCACAAAAUCGUGUGUCCGUGGAACCAGUCCUAGCCGCGUGUGACAGUCUUGCAUUCUGUUUGUCUCGUGGGGGGAGGUGGACAGUCCUGCGGAAAUGUGUCUUGUCUCCAUUUGGAUAAAAGGAACCAACCAACAAACAAUGCCAUCACUGGAAUUUCCCACCGCUUUGUGAGCCGUGUUGUAUGACCUAGUAAACUUUGUACCAAUUCAAA